AUGGGACGACGACCAACGAAUAAGAAACAAAAGGCAACGAAGAAGAAUACGGAUUCUUCUGUUUCUCCUCCUCCUCCUCCUUCGACUCUUCUUUCCGUCGUACCGGAUUUCGGCGAUCAAAAGAAGAAGACGAAGAAGAAGAGAAAAGAACGAGAAGAAGAAGAAGAAGAAGAAUUCGCGCCGGCGGUAAAAACGACCACAACAACUGUCCUCCCUUCCACCAAGAACAGAAAACAACGCAGAGCGGAAGCGAAGCUCGCGACGGAGAAGGGAGAGAAAGAUGAAGGAAUUAAAGAAGAUGAUCAAUCACAACAACAACAAAAGGAGGAAGAGGAGGAGAAGAAGAAAGAAGAUGAAAAGGAAUUGACGCCUCCUCGAGAGGUGGACGUGGAACACGAGGGCGAAAAUACCACCGUUCGCGAGAUUUUACGUUUGCCGAGAUAUUUCGAUGAUGACUUUGAAGCGGCUGCCAUGCGGUGUUUUCGGUGCGGUAAAGGUGGUCACCGCGAGUUUGAGUGCACGUUACCGGCGAAGCAAAAGCCGUGUCACUUGUGCGGUGAUUUUGACCAUCAAGCGAGAGACUGCCCGAAAGGUUUAUGUUUCAACUGUUUGACGCCGGGACACAGGUCGAGAGAUUGCGAGGAAAGGAGAGGUAUUGGAAGAGACCAGCAGUCUCUGUGUUGUUUGAGGUGCGGGAGAUCUGGACACGUCGUAGAAAAGUGCAUGUUUACGUUUUCAGAGGCUGAUUUGAAGCGCAUGCCGUGUUACGUGUGUGGAGAGUUCGGGCACUUGUGUUGCGCGCCACAAGAUUCGCAACCUCCCGGAAAACUAAGUUGCGUGAAAUGCGGCGGCGAAGGACACGUGGAGAGUACGUGUAGACAUUCGAACUUCCGAAGGUCUCAAGGCGGUUUCGAAUGUUUUAAUUGUGGUGGUCCACAUUUAGCGAGAGAGUGUCCCAAUUCGAGACUCUCGGGCGGAGCCGCAUCGCGAUAUUCACCUUCGCAUUUAGGCAUCAAAGGAGGUGGUGGAUGGGGCGGAACGGGUAGCAGUGGAAAUAAUAGCAUGAGUAGAUUAGGUAGUGGUGGUGGUGGUGGUGGUGGUGGUGGUGGAAUGUACGGUGGAGGAGGAGGAGGAACGUUCUUUGGAGGAGGAGGAGGGCGAUUUACGCCUAAAACAUUCCCGAAUGUACCACCGAGAUUCCAAGGGCGCAUUGAUACCUCCAACUCGGUGCCACCACCGUCCGGCAAGUACCAUAAAUUCGAUUAG